GCCAGCCCUCGACCUCCUCAACUUCCCGUUCGACGGCCUACUUUGCCCCCGGCUGUGGAACAAGUCAUGACGUCUCUCCCUCCUCCUUUACCCCCAGCCGACAGUAAGCCACAUUCCAAGGCCACCAUGAGGACUUCAGUCUCCUCAGAUUCAAUUUCAAAACCACCACUACCUCAAAGAUCCCGUGGUCUAUCCCUCAGUAAGAAUUAUUCUCCUCCACAACCUACUUUACCUCCUCGACUACCUCAACGUCACGCCACCGUCAGCUCAGGUUCUCAGACUGCAAUGCCUCAGUUCCCACAUCAUCCUUUCCCCUCUUCAGUCCCGCCAUCUCCUCGUCGGAUGCAGCGUUCAUCAUCCCAAUCGGUGGGUUCUUUCCAACCCCUUCCUCCACCCACUCGAACGGCCAUAGCAAACGGACUUGUAUCUCCACCUAGGCGUAAAAUCCCCAGUUCGACUUCUGGCGACUUCUCGUCUUCGGACGAUGAUGAUGACGACGGCAUAGAACUUGUUCAAGGUUUCGCCUCUUCAGCAAAGAAACUCUUGGAAGAUUAUCCUGAUUCUACUCAUGCCAAUCGUCGUCCACCUAGCUUCGUACCGGAUAUUCGACUUCAACCUCCACAUUCUAUAUACUCAUUUGCCACAUUUGGAAGACAUGUCUGCACUGCCGCUCAUCAGGUCAGAGUGUUCGACACUGAGAUGGGUAAUACUCCAAUCUUCACCAUGGAACUCAAAGACACGGGUCUAGACUUCCGGGUUAAAGAACCUCGUGUGACGGCCUUGUGUUUUCGGCCCGCCGCUAUCUUGGCAGAUGAAGGACGAUAUUUGUGGUGCGGUACUAAAGAUGGUCAUUUAUGGGAACUUGACAUCAGACAAGGUCUUGUGACCGAUACCAGACCCGCCAUGCAUUCUUCAGCUGUGGUCAACAUAUUUCGAUACAAGCAAUACCUUUUAUCCCUCGAAGAAGCCGGAAAAUUACACGUUUUCGAAGUCAUACAAACAAGUCUCUCUACACCAAGCACUCAAACAGUGCGCAUAACGGAGAAAUUCACUUUCGCCAAAAUGAUAGGUAAACAACUAUGGACCGCUUCCGCUCCAGCUGUCAGAUCGACUACUUCUGCGAACUCCAAAGGUCCCACUAUCCGGGUAUACGAACCUUGUGCCCCUGGUGCCAUGCCUGUGGGUAAGACUGUGAUUGCUAGCGAAUGGACUGGGGCUGUGACAUCUGCCACUGUAUUGCCUCUCAGACCUGAGGAAGUGUAUCUAGGUCAUGAGGGUGGUUUUGUAUCAGUGUGGUCUACGGAAGAUUUGACCUGUUUACAGGUUCUCAAAAUAUCUGUCAGUGAUAUUUUGAGUCUAGAGGGUGUCGGGGAAAGAUUAUGGGCGGGGAAUAGAAAAGGUCAAAUACAUGCUUGGGACGUGAAAGAACAACCUUGGCAGACAACGAAUUUAUGGAUAGCACAUCCAUUCAUUUGCUGGUCUUGCAGUAGAGAAUCGGUACGAGCGUGGGAUGGUCUCCUAGCGGUUGAGUGGAUAGACUCUCAAAUGAUCACACGUCAGCCUGAUUAUUGUACCUUUCGUGAUAUCCGACUACUCGUCUGUUCAUGGAACAUAGAUUCUGCUAAACCUACCGACUUGGCGGGUUCAGAAGCUAAUGCUUUGUUUCUGGAAGAAUGUCUUGGAUCUGUGGAAUCGCCUGAUAUUGUCGUCUUUGGAUUUCAGGAAGUCAUCCCUUUGACAGAUAGGAAGUUGACGGCGAAAACUAUUCUUUUCGGCGGCAAGAAAGAUCCCACGGGUGGAGGAGAACGUAUCACCUUGGCUUAUCGACAAUGGCUGGAUAAAUUGCAAUUAGCGGUGAAAAUGUCUGCUUCGCCGGAUGUGUCGUAUGUCAAAGUUCAUUCGGAAAACCUGGUGGGAUUGUUCACUUGUGUGUUUGUGAAGAGUAGUAACAAGGACGCUUUGAGGGCUUUGGAUAUAUGUACUGUUAAGCGAGGAAUAGGUGGUAUCUACGGUAACAAAGGUGCUAUCAUCGCUCGUCUCAUCAUCGAUGAUACUUCUUUAUGUUUCAUCAACGUUCAUCUUGCCGCUGGUCAAUCACAACGUGCUGCGAGAAACGCAGAUAUAGCUGCUAUAAUGGAAGAUAGAGCUAUCUUACCUGCUUCUGACGAAUUGGCGUUUGUUGGAGGAGGUGAUGGGACUGGGAUAAUGGAUCAUGAGAUGGUUAUUUUGAAUGGGGAUAUGAAUUACCGGAUUGACCAAAGACGUGAAAAUGUAAUUUCCAGUAUUCACGUUGGCGAUUUCAAUUAUCUUUUAUCACACGAUCAACUUCGUAAAGAAAUGCGUACAAAUCAUUCAUUCCGACUUCGUACAUUCGAAGAACCUCCCAUACGUUUCGCUCCAACAUACAAAUACGAUCCUAAUUCCGAUUCAUACGAUACUAGUGAAAAACGUAGAGUACCAGCUUGGUGUGAUAGAAUCCUACAUAGCAAAUCUACCAGGAUACGUAAUGUUAGUUAUAGGAGAUACGAAACUACUAUAUCGGAUCAUAGACCUAUUUCUGCUGGGUAUGUGUUGACUGUUAAAAAAGUGGAUGUGGGGAAGAUGAAGGAAGUUAGGAGGGAGGUAGGGGAGGAUUGGGUGAAAAAGGAGGUUGAAUUGUUAGGUAAGAUGUCAGAGGCUUUGAUGGGGUUAGUUUGAAGUGAGAUGGGGAGGAAUAAAUGUGUUGUUCUUAUACUGCAUCAAUCGCAAGUAUACUAUGGACGAUGUUGAAAGGUUUUCGAUGCCACUUUUGACUUUUG